GAUCUUGAAUUUCUUGGGGAAAGCAGUGAUCUAAGUUCUUUCUUCCCGGUGAAAUCGAAAUGGCGGAUGGUGAUAACAUGUGUUGCCAAUGUGAGACCAGAAUUUCUGAAUCUUGCACCACCUACCACUGCCGGAGAUGCAGCCGGUUAUUUUGUGAGAGUUGUGUGCAGGGUUCUGGUUCUUUUGUUGUUGUUGUUGUUGAAUCUGGAAGUGCCACACAAGUUACCCUUGACAUCCAAUAUUGCAAGCAUUGUGCUAACAUUGAUGUUACACAAAAACUUGGGGGAAACUUUGACCAGAAAAUACAUCCUCCUGAUUCGUCCUGCCAAAGCUCUGAACCAGACAUUAGUGACACAUUUGAUGGGCAAUCUCUCCAAGCAGUGUCCAUUCGUCGCUCCUCUGGCAGGAGUGAUGAAGAUGAGGCAGAUGAUUCUGCAAAGAACUUCUUCAGUCCAUGUAGUCUUGACACCUCAGAUGUAGAUUCAAGUAGUGUUAGCACUAGACGCGAUUUUAAUAGUUUCAUGUCUGUUGGUUCAAGCCCUUCAGACAGCCCCUCUAGGAUUCAAAUUACAUCCAAUAGACUUAGGCAUUGUGUACAUUCGGAUGAUCAAGGAACACCAAGGUCUUCUAAUGACGGUUCGUAUGAUCAAGAACAUGUGGCUGUUUUAAAAAGCCAUGAACAAGGGACCGAAGAUUCUCAGACUCAUACUUAUGAUGAAUGUUCAAUCUUUAGGGACCAAUGUGAGAAAUCACGCAAGCCAUUAGAUUUUGAAACGAAUGAUCAUAUUUGGUUCCCUCCGCCAGCAGAUGAUGAAAAUGAGGAUGCAGAUAGCAAUUUCUUUUCAUAUGCCGAUGAUGAUGAUGAAAUGGGAGACUCGAGUGCUGUGUUUUCUUCUAGUGGAAGUCUUAUGUCCCUUAAAACAAAUGAGGAACACCAGGAACCCUUUAGAACAGUUGUGCAGGGGCAUUUUAGGGCUCUUGUGUCGCAGCUGCUACAAUCAGAGUUCAACUCAACUGAAGAGUGGCUUGACAUAAUAACAUCAUUAGCAUGGCAAGCAGCUAACUUUGUCAAACCAGAUACCAGCAGAGGUGGCAGCAUGGACCCUGGUGAUUAUGUAAAGAUUAAAUGUGUAGCAUCAGGAAGUCCUACUGAAAGCACAUUUGUUACAGGUGUAGUUUGUACAAAGAAUAUAAAACACAAACGAAUGACUUCACAAUACAAGAACCCAAGAUUACUUAUUUUAGGAGGGGCACUUGAGUACCAAAGGUCUUGCGAUCAUCUAUCUUCUAUUGAGACGCUGCUGCAGCAGGAAAUCGAUUAUCUGAAGAUGAUUGUUUCAAGGAUAGAGGCUCAUCGGCCAAAUGUGCUUCUGGUAGAAGAGAGUGUAUCUUCAUAUGCUCAGGAGUAUCUUUUAGCCAAGGAGAUCUCUCUGGUGUCAAAUAUCAAACGGCCAUUAUUGGAGCGUAUAUCUAGGUGCACUGGUGCCCCCAUAACUCCAUCCAUAGCUCAUAUUUCUACCACACAGUUAGGCCAAUGCGAGCUAUUCAGAUUGGAAAAAGUUUCAGAAGAGCAUGAAAUUGCCAACCAAUUCAACAAGAAAGUAGCCAAAACUUUGAUGUUUUUUGAAGGUUGUCCCAGGCGUUUGGGUUGCACGGUCUUGCUAAAAGGUUCAUUUCGUGAGGAACUAAAGAAGGUCAAACAUGUUGUUCAGUAUGCAAUAUUUGCAGCUCAUCAUUUAUCCUUGGAAACUUCUUUCCUGGCUGACGAGGGUGCUAGUUUACCUAAAAUGGCUAUAAAUCCCUCAGAGCCAGAACCAGAAAGGACGAAUGCUGAUAAUUCUUUAUCUAAUCUCUCGAAUGAAGAAGAGCGACAGCCAUUUGAACUGGAUGAACUGAAAAAGGUUGAAAUGGUUGAAGUGAUUGAAGCCUCUGAUGAAUACUAUCCAGCCACUGACAACAACCAGAGUAUUUUAGUAUCGUUUUCUAGUCAUUGUGUGCUAAAUAGAACUCUAUGUGAACGUUCAAGACUCUUGCGCAUUAAAUUCUAUGGCUGCUUUGAUAAACCACUUGGGAGGUACCUUCAAGACGAUCUUUUUGACCAAACAUCAUUGUGUCGAUCUUGUAAGGAACCAGCUGAAGCUCAUGUCACAUGCUACACUCACCAGCAGGGAAAUCUAACCAUUAAUGUUAGACGGCUUCCAUCACUGAAGCUACCUGGGGAUAAAGACGGAAAGAUAUGGAUGUGGCACCGUUGUUUGAGAUGCACCCAUGUAGAUGGGGUUCCACCAGCAAGUCACAGGGUGGUCAUGUCUGAUGCUGCUUGGGGACUCUCGUUAGGGAAGUUUCUAGAACUUAGUUUUUCAAAUCAUGCUACUGCUAAUCGUGUUGCCAGCUGCGGACAUUCUCUGCAAAGAGACUGCCUUCGAUUCUAUGGCAUGGGGGAUAUGGUUGCGUUUUUCCGCUACUCUCCAAUUGAUAUUCUUUCCGUCCAUUUACCUCCAUCGGUUCUUCAUUUUGGUGACCAUGUUCAACAGGAUUGGUUAAAGAAAGAAGUAGCAGAGCUUUUGAGCAAGAUAGAAGCUUUGUAUGACGAGAUACUCGAUGUACUAAAUGGGUUUGAAGCAAAGAGUGCAUUCUUCGGAAAUGAGUUACCCGAUUCAGAAAAGUUAACUAAUCAUGUCAUGGAGUUGAAGGGUCUACUAAUUAAAGAAAGACAAGAUUAUAAGGUUCUGCUUCAAUCUGCUGGUGAAGAGAAUGGGGCUGAAAUAGAUGUUUUUCAACUUAACCAUCUGAGACAUGCUCUUAUGAUUGAUUUGCAUUUCUGGGAUCAGCGAUUCUGUUCACCGAAUCUCUAUGGAAAGAAUUCUAAUUUCAAACCGAUUCAGGAUGCUACAUCUAGUCCUGAGGCUGAGUUCUGGAGAAGUGAUUCCAUUAUUGCGGGGAACAUUGAUCAAAAUGGUGCAGACCAUGACUCGGAAUACCAAACUGCACAAAACGAAGGAUCUGAUGUCGUUUCUGACUCAUUGUCAACCUCUUUUGAUCUAUGCAAGAAACAGGAAGUGGAAAUAGGUAUCAAACAUAAGUUACCACUGGAACGUAACCCUUCAGCUGCAUCCGUUUUAUCUGAUAAAAUCGACUCAGCUUGGGCAGGACCUUUGAACGCCGCAUUUCAUCUUCCGAAAACAGAAGUACCUGAACCACCUGUGAAUCUAAGCAGUAACCCACUUCUCAGUAGGCUAUCUCCAUCACCUGCCAGAGUUUAUUCUUUCGAUUCUGCCAUAAGAUAUCAAGAAAGAAUCAAGAAAGGCUUGCCACCUUCGUUAUAUCUGUCAACACUUCGAUCUUUUCAUGCUUCUGGGGAAUACAUGCAUAUGGUUAGAGAUCCUGUGCAUAACAUUCAAAUGAGGAGUUAUUCUCAGGAUUUUCCGAAUGAAGAUCAUAAGCUAGAUUUCUUGCUGAUGAAUAGACCUUUGUUGAUUUCCUCCACAUCUUUUCUUCCUGAAGGCGCACGUUUGAUGAUUCCUAAUGGUGGUCAAAGCAACGUAGUAGUCGCUGUUUAUGACAACGAGCCCACUAGCAUAAUCUCUUAUGCCCUUACAUCUAAAGAGCAUGAACAAUGGGUUUCUGAUAAACCAAAUCUCAGUAGAAAUGAUUCAGUAGCUUCUAAUGCUUCAGCCUGGCAGUCUUUUGGCUCCAUGGAUCUAGACUACACUCAUUAUGGAAGCUAUGGAUCAGAAGAUCCAUCCACAGCAAUCGGUCCAUUGUUCACUGAUCCCAAAAAUUCAAAUCAUAUAGCGAUUCCUUUUGAGGAUGAUUCUGGUGUUGACGGAAAGGUGAAAUUCUCUGUGACAUGUUAUUUUGCAAAGCAUUUUGACUCCCUUAGAAAGAAAUGUUGUCCUAGCGAAUUGGACUAUGUGCGCUCAUUAAGCCGAUGUAAAAGAUGGAGUGCACAAGGAGGGAAAAGCAAUGUCUAUUUUGCCAAAUCGUUGGAUGAAAGGUUUAUUAUAAAACAAGUCACGAAGACGGAACUUGAAUCCUUUGAGGAAUUCGCACAAGAAUAUUUCAAAUACUUGACGGAUUCUCUAAACUCCGGAAGCCCAACAUGUCUAGCAAAGAUCUUGGGAAUCUAUCAGGUGACGGUUAAACACUUGAGGGCUGGGAAAGAAGCGAAAAUGAACGUGUUAGUAAUGGAGAAUGUAUUCUUCAAGAGAAAUAUUUCACGCGUUUAUGAUUUGAAGGGGUCUUCAAGGUCUCGUUACAAUUCAGAUACGACAGGAACAAAUAAAACGCUGCUAGAUAUGAAUUUGUUGGAGGCAUUGCGUACAGAUCCCAUCUUUCUUGGAAGUAAAGCUAAAAGAAACCUCGAAAGAGCUGUUUGGAACGACACUUCCUUCUUAGCGUCAAUUGACGUGAUAGAUUACUCCUUGCUGGUUGGAGUGGACGAGCAGCGGAAAGAACUGGUUCUUGGGAUCAUUGAUUUCAUGAGACAGUAUACAUGGGACAAACAUCUAGAAACAUGGGUGAAAGCAUCCGGAAUUCUGGGUGGACCCAAGAACGCAACCCCGACCAUUAUUUCUCCCAAACAAUACAAGAAAAGGUUCCGAAAAGCCAUGACCAGCUAUUUUCUAACAGUCCCAGAUCAAUGGUCAUCCUGAAUUAAAAGUUAAAACCACCAUCUUUGGCUAAGAAAUCUACUUAUUUUUUUCUGGGGUAGAAUUUCGAUUUAGCCUUUGAUAUUGGUAGGUUAAUUUUGUAUACAAAUGGUAGUUAGGGAAGGAGGGAGAGGUUGUUGAUUUUUGUUCACCAUUUAAACAAGAUGUAAAUGUGCAGAGGCUCCUGCUUAAAAUCUUCUGUGAAAACUGUCUUUUAAUUCAAUGAAAGUUGGUGGUUCA